AAGUCAUGGAGGGGCGUAGCCAGCGCUCCAACAGCCUCCUGGCUGAGCUGCCCAGAUGGGCGGUGGAGCCCCGGAGAGCACGUGCCGCCACGGACACGGCGGCGAGUCCCGGAAGUCCGGGCUGGGAGUUGGACGAAUGGCUCUUCCCGGUGUUUGACCGGGAGGCGCACGGCCUGUGGCGUGAGCCAAGACAAAAAUGGCUGCAGGAGGUGGAGGCCAAGGGCGGCUUCAGCACCUGGCUAUUAGAAGGCCUGGACCUCCGCGGCAUGAACGACCGGAACUACCUGCUAGGCCUUCGCUGGACCUCCGCCUUUCACAAGCUCUACCGCUCCCAGGCCUCCAAGGUGCGGGGGGCCAUAGCCAAUGAGAUCGAGAAGGAUAUGUCGCGCACCUGUCCGGGACAUCCGCAGGAACCAGCCCUCAUAGCCGCCACCCGGGAUAUCCUACAGAUGAUGUGCUGCGCACGUGAUGCGUCAGUAGGAUACAUGCAAGGCCUGAACUUCACUGCGGCGGUUCUUUGCUGCGCGCUGAGUAGAGACGAUGCCUUCUGGUGCCUCGCUGCCUUAGUAGAGGGCGCCGCGGCUCACUUCGGGGAUUCAUUGCAGGGAGUUCUGGUGGAUGCCGAGUGUAUCGACUGGUUGGCGGAGGAGCUUGCGCCGGAGCAAUUCCCGUCCUGCCGCCAAGUCAAGGACUAUUCUCCGGCCCUCCUCUUCACAAAGCCGCUGUGUACCCUGCUUGCUGGUUGCAGCUUGCCGGUGGAUGCUGCGCUGCAGUGCUGGCGGGCCAUCCUUCACGCGAGCAAGCCUCGCGUAUUUCUCCUCCGGAUCCUGGCCGCCUUUGCGGUUGAGACCGCGAAGAGGCUCAGCGAGGUGACGGAGGUGUCGGAGCUCAUGGCGCUGCUGGAGAAGUCCUUCGCCUCCAGCUACGACGCCUCCGCGGUGCUGGCGGCGGCGGAGGCCAGCGUCGCCGCAGCCUCGGACGAGGCGGUGCAGAAGCAGUUGCUGGUGAUGGAGGAGCGGCUGCGGCACCGUGGCUUAGAGGCCAAGGCCUUGCGGUCCCGGGGCGCUGCGCAGGCCUUCCACGGCCAGCUCAUGCAGGAGCCAGAUCUUAUCCAGCGCCUGCUCCAGGAAUUGAAAGGCUUGUGGAAACAAUCUGGCGACCAGCUGGUCACAGAAGCCGAGUUCGUGAAAAUCGCGGGCCCCGCGUUCGCGCCAUUCGAUAGAGACACGCAGGUCCGACCAUUUUUAACUGCAGUGGUCUUGGACCUGGAUGCGUCUAGGGCAGGGCAUGUGUUCCUGAAACAUGCUCUCAUUGCUCUCGUGCUACUUCUGGGGGACAAGCCCCAGGAGCGAAUCGAUUUUAUUUUCUGCUUGCUGGAGCAGGGGGCGGGCGUCUCGAAGAGGGACUUCGAGGAACUGGCGCGGGCCACUGGUCAGAUGGAUCUCGCCAACGCUUGGCUCCUGUCCAGCGGGGCAGAGCUGCUAGAGAAAGAGACCUUCACCAAGGCCCUGGUGGCACUUCCAUCCUUGGCCUUUGCGACGCUGGAUGCCAACAAGGACAGCCGCACCAACUCCUUCGGCCUGUCUUUUACAUCCUCUUCCGGUUCCCUGCAACCAAUCGCCCCGAAGUGGGCUCCCAAUGAGCUGCUGGCCUGCCAGUUGUGCGCCGCUUGCUUCACCUGCUUUCGAAGGAGACACCACUGCCGUGCCUGUGGCCGGCUGUUGUGUAACCGUUGCAGCCGCAACCGGCUACCGCUGCCGAUCAUCGGCUACAACUGCUCGGUGCGUGUUUGCGAUGACUGCCAUGCAGUGCUGUUCCCCACCGAGUGA